UCAGGAUUAUCAGCAUACCUGGACCUUUAUGCUGCAAUGUUUUUUUUUAGCACACAGUACAAUAAAAAGCAGUGUUGAGGGCAGGCCAGCACAGGAAAUCAUUUCCGCACAAGAGCAGGAAGAGGGAAUUGCUUUCAACAAUCUAUGGAGUGUUAAGUAAGGUUUCUGAAAGUAGAUAGCAUUCCUGCUGGAGGAUUAUCUGACUACACAGCAAGUAAUGGAGCUUUGGAUAUAUGUUGUCACUGUUGUGCUGAUAUAAAAGGGCUUUUAUUUUGAAAGUGGUGAACAGAGGUAUCACGUGUUCCUGCUGCUUUGAAACUGAGGGUCCGUCAGCUACAAACAAAUGGAGUGUCAGUGUGAAAACAACAACCCUGAAGGUGCCGCAGAAGGAUGGGGGCUGAAUGGAGGCAGUGUCCAGAUGGGAGCUUUUACUGUAGUGGGGUAUCUUCUCUACAGGUUCUCACAAACACUCCCAGCUCUGAUUCGAUGGCCGAUACGCCUGUUCUGCUCUCUUACUGGUCUGUCCGCUCUCUGGGGCUGGGUGGGCCGCCUCGUGGGAACCCUCCGUGGAAUCCAGAGCCUGUGUAAAUGGCUAUCUCGAGUGUGGAAGUUUUUCGUCAAGUGUGCCUCAAAGUUCCAGUGGGUGGGUCGCAUCGUCCAAAAGAUCACAGGGUCAAGUGAUGAUGAACUGAAGUCAGAGAUAGAUCCAACCGGCGAUUCAGGUCUGAGGCUCAUCCUCCUGGGACCCACUGGUGGAGGAAGGACCUCCUUAGCAGAUACUCUCUUGAGGAACAGUGUCAAAAAAGAUCAAAUAGGACCUCCAAUGGAGAGCACAAAGAGAAAGACUUUGGUAGAUGGAAAAGAGGUUACAGUGAUCAACACCCCGGACAUUUUGGGGCCUCCUUUGAGGAACAAUGAGAGAGCCAGGGAAGCCCUGAGGAGCCUCCAGCUCGCCAGUCCUGGGCCACACGCCUUCCUGCUGGUGAUCCAAGCACCAAGCUUAAGCAUGGGCAGCAACCACGGUGCAGCUGAGAUGCUCCAAGCUUUGCGUGAACUGUUUGGAGACGAAGUCGUGCAGUAUAUCCUUCCAGUGCUCACCCAUGCAGACCAUCAGGUUGGAAAACAGACAGUAGAAAAGCUGCUGGAUGAUGGAAGUCUGAAGAGGGCUCUGUCUCUUUGUAACCAGAGGCCAGAGCUAGUGGACAGCAGGCCAGACCGGCCCCCGGAGGAGCAGAGCGUGUCUCGCAGGCAGCUGAUGGAGCGGGUGAUGGAGAUGAAGAUGCUGAGGGGGCAUUUUGUGCAUGAGCUGCAGAGGAGGGAGGACCAGAGGAGGGAGGAGCUGCUGGCUGACAUGACCUCUGCACUAGAAAGGAAACUGGGACACAUGUAAACAUAGAGAUGGUUCUGCUGGUGUCAGUCUUUCAUUCAAGUCCUGAACGUGCAGUUUUGAGUUGAAUUGUGCUGGUUCUUCUUUGCAUGUGGUAUGUUUCUCACUCUGCGGGUUUACCUCUGUCCAAAUGAGUUUACUACUCUGGCUGCCUUUUGGUUCUCAACUAAUUCGGGUAUUUCAUAGGUGCUCCUUGACACUGAAUUUUCCCACCCUGAUGUCUUAUAAUAUGAAGAUAUCUCUUUUUUCUUAAGUUCAAGUCUGAGCCUUAUGUUUUCUUACUCUGUUCCUUUGCUCAGCACUCCCCUAUCAUUCAUAAUUUAUAAGAGAUAUUAAAGUUUAAAGAUGAUCAGGGAAAAUAAACUGAGGUCACAUUGGGAGUAGAGCUGAGGAGGGCUGUGUGAUGUGUUCUGUGCAAUCUACUGUAUUUUUCUACUUUGAAUAUAUUUUAUAUAGUGUUGCAGACAUAAAAACAUACACAACUUCAUAGUCAUCCUGGAAAAAGAUGUGCAUGUCUGUCAAUUACUCUUUCCAUGAUUAAACUCAGUGCUCCUGCUCUUUUUUUGA